UGGGCGUGGCCUCGACAGACGUUGGGCGGGUCGCCGUUGGCCCGGCGCGCGCUCGAGGGCGCGACCCCGCCUCAGCCUCCGGACUUGCCCUUUGAAGUCGCGGACCGGGCGAGCUUCUUGGGCGCGUGCGCAUCACCUAAACAAAGAUGAGCGGCGAAGCAUGCGCAGUCGAGAUAAAGGCGCUUUAAAAAUUUUUUUUCCAAGACCCAGGCUUUGCGCAUGCGUCUUAUUGCUUGCUGAAGCCUAUCCUCUGGGCCCAGAACCUCUUCCUACACAUGCGCAGAAGGCUCAAUGACAGUCGCGUGCCGGCUAAGGCUCUGGGAAAGGGGGCUGGCCAUGCUGCCUGUGACCUGGUGGGGGUCCAAGGUCCGAGUAUGGUCCCUGGUGCCUGCUGUCCUCGGGACUCCCCGGGCUCUGUCGUCCCUGGCGAACAGGAUGGGGGUGUACCGAAAGAUGUGGAACCCCACGGAGCCCCGAGACUGGGCCCAGCAGUACCGCGAGCGCUUCAUUCCCUUCUCCAAGGAGCAGCUGCUCCGCCUCCUGAUCCAGGAGUUCCACUCCAGCCCAGCAGAGAGAACAGCUUUGGAGGCGUUCUUAGCUCACGUGGACUUCUGUACCCUGUUUCACUACCAUCGGCUCCUGGCCAGGCUGCAGGCCUUGUAUGACCCUAUCAACCCUGACAGGGAGACCCUGGACCAGCCGUCCCUUACUGACCUCCAGCGUCUGUCCAACGAGAAGGACGUGCUCCAGGCUCUGAAGCCCCUGAUGGCCCAGGCCAACUUCUCUGCACUCUCUGAAGAUGCCCUGGCCUACUCACUUGUUGUCCAUCACCCUCAGGAUGAGGUCCAGGUGACAAUAAAUUUGGAUCAGUAUAUCUACAUGCAGUUCUGGGCCCUGGGCCAGAGAGUGGGGCAGAUGCCACACAUGUCCAGUGUGGGCUCCAAGCGUGGCUUCUUCAGAAGGUUGCCCCCUGUGGAGAGGAGGUAUUUCAAGCGCGUGGUGUUGGCUGCCCGGACAAAACGGGGGCACCUGGUUCUGAAGAGCUUUAAGGAUACCCCGCUGGAGGGCUUAGAGCAGCUGCUGCCCGAGCUGAAGGUGCGCACGCCCAUGAUGCGGCGCGCCCUGAUCAACCUGAUGUUGGUGGUCUCGGGAGUUGUGUUCUUCGUCAAUGUGGGCAUGGUGAUACUGUCUGACCUCAAGAUGGCCACCUCCCUGCUGCUGCUGCUCUUUGCUGUCUUCAUGGGCCUCAAGGCCUCCAAGGUGUUUGGGCAGCAUAGAAGUGCCCAGGCGCUGGAGCUGGCACACAUGCUGUACUAUCGCAGCACAUCCAACAACUCGGAACUGCUCAGUGCCCUGGCACUCCGCGCACAGGAGGAACACAUCAAGGAGGCCCUACUGGCUCACAGCUUCCUAGGCCGCCGGCCAGGGGGCGCCCAAGGCCCGCCUGAAGAGACCUCCAAGUGGCUACAGUCUGAAGUGGAGAGCUGGCUUCUAGCCCAGUCUGGCUGUGAUGUGGCCUUCAAUGGACCUCGGGCCCUGGCCCACCUGCAAGCCCUGACUCCCAGCUUCGGGUUGUUCCCACCACCUGAGCUGCCGGAACUUGACCCACUGGUCCUGGGUACUCCAGGAGCCCUGCAGGCUGCUGCACCGGGUGGUAGCUACCCCUCACCCUGACCACUUACGACCAGGCCCAGCAUGGCAGGGAGCCAAGCUCUGCCUCCUCCACAGCAAGGUGUCAAUCGUGGCACCUGUAUCUCCUACCUGGACUCUUGGUUGUUGACAGGCUAUUAUUUCUGCUAGACCAUUAAUUUGGCAAUGCUAUAGACUUAAGAGUAGCCAAUCAGGGCCGCUGGCAGUUGCUAAGCAGCCUCCUGAGGCCAGCCAAUCGAAGCCGUUUCUUUCAGCUUGUAUUUUACUUCUCAGCCCUGCCCCUGACAAGAACCUCACCAUGGCCGGUGGAGGGGCGGGGCUUGGGGAGGUUUAACACAGCUGCCGGGAGACCCGCCAGGCUGUGAAAGCUGGGCCUGGAGGCCACGCUUCAUCAUCUGUUCAGCUUGCACAGGAACUGCCUGCCGCAUGCACCUGGGCGGGGCCCACUGCAGCCUGCAAGCCGUUUGGUUGGCCAAACUUAGGGUAACUGGGCACUUCAAGCAGGGGCAGCAGCCAGUCAGAAAUCCUGGAGGAAUUGCCGUGAAUCCAUGUGAGAGGAGCCAUCUGUUUUGCAGCUGAUCUGCUCUGGUUGAAGGCACUGGGAACUUCCUGCCCCGAAGAAGACGGUGAGCCUGCAGCAUUCCAGCCCAAGAUCACUCCCGCUCAGGCCCCAGCAGGCUCCCAGGCCUCUCUGCCUUGCUGCAGAGACCACCUUGGCUUGUGCAAUAUUUAUCACUUUACCUUCUUCCAAAGGAAUAAAUAGUGUUUAAUAAAC